AUGCUCAUUAUUUUGAGACUUUCCAAUGUCUCUCUAUCUGGCAGCAUACACUCUGUCUCUAGCAACAUGGUUUAUCUUCGGCAGCGUGUUUUGUCUCCAGUAGUGUGCUAUGUCUUUAGUUACGCUCUCGCUUUGUCUAGCAGCGUCCCUGUUACGUUCUCCCUCUUUUCCGGUAGAAGUUCUCUCUCCCUCUCUCACCCAAGUGGUUGGAGAACUUUAGCUCACAUUGAUGCUACACUCUACAUCAUUGUUUUGGGAAAGUUCACAUUUUAA